UACAAUUGUUCAAUCUCCGAGUUAUAAGGACUAUCUGCAUUAAACAUCGCUCAAAAAUGAGUGUAAACAGUGUACUAGCUGUUAUCUUGUUCUUGGGUUUAGAACACACAGGAAUAAUUGAUGUUGCAGCACAAGAACGUGUCUGUGAAGAUGGCUGGCAUAAGAUGAACUCUACCAGUUACCCCGAUGGUACAAUUUGUAUACAGGUCAACACCGACCCAAAAUCUUGGCCAGAGGCUAAAGCCCAUUGUUCCGGAAGCAUCUCUAAUUUGAUAUCACUGGACGAAAGAGAGAUAUAUAGCUUCGAGAUUGAAAUACCAUAUGACGAGACAACAACGCGGGUUGGAGAUAUCAUGGUUAAUAUUUAUAACCUCAAUGAGUUUUGGAGCGGAAUGUUCCUGUCAAAAGAGGGCCGUCUAAUGUGGGACGACUAUGGACCGAAAUAUGUUGACAAGUUUCAUUACACGGUUUAUAACAAAUUGAAUUGGGAUCAUGACCAACCGGACCCUACACAAGGCGAUUGCGGACGGACUGUCCUUGGUACACAACAGAUAGUUGACUCCAUCGACUUUGAGUUUAACGGCGCAAUAAAUGUGUCCCUAGCAGACUGUUCACGCCGGCUUCCGUUUAUAUGCAAAAAGAAGUCAGUAGAAGUCGUUGUUCAGCCAGCACACUUCUGUGAAGAAAACUGGUAUGGAAAUCAGUAUGUCCCAGUGUGUUAUCAGAUAUUCAAAGAGCCACUUCCGUUCCUAGAUGCGCGCGCAUCGUGUGAAAGCCACAACGGGAGAUUGGCACUCGCGUUCUUAGACUUUGAACGCGAGAUGAUUAGCGCGGUGUCUACAUAUUAUCAAUGGAACGGUGAAUGUAUGUGAACUGCAAUCUCUGUCAUUGAAUGUUUGAGGUGCCAAAAUUUAAACAAAUGCUAUGUUUUAUUGUAUUGCAAUAAUUUUUUAUUAAGAGUGCAGAUAUAAUUUUCAGAGCUGCGAGAUAAUAGCAAAAGAACAGUCCCUAUGAAGUUAACUUGUGAAUGCCAUUCUUGCAAACCGGACAGGCAUUUCCGGUGAAUUUAGCCAUGCCCGAAAAUUCCAUCUGGCACCCCAUGCCAAAUGGGUUACGCGCAACAUCGCGCCACUUCUUUUUUCUUUACUGAAUAUAUCAUGUUUUCACAUGCUAUACCUUG